CUCUGCUGUAAAUUAAAAUUUUUUAAACCUCAUUGUUAAUACUACUUUUUUACGGUUGAUGUCACUAGCGUAUGUAAGCAUCAGGAGUGCUAGACGUCACAUGAUAAAGACGGGCGUGAGUGAUUUUUCCCUGAUUUAUACGUAAAGACGAAACUAAAAGCAACAUGAGAUACAUUUUGGGCAACGCUUUUGCGGGCACUGCUUCCGUAACUAUUAUCGUAUUAGUAUUAUAUCAUGUAUUAACUGGAAAAGGAGAACGUAUAAGUAUUGGAUGGUUUUUAGAAAAUACUUCUCCAUAUAUGUGGGCAACGCUUGGCAUUGGACUUGCAGUUGCUCUUUCUGUAGUUGGUGCUGCACUAGGAAUUCAUACAACAGGAGUUUCAAUAGUUGGAGGUGGUGUAAAAGCUCCAAGAAUCAAGACAAAAAAUUUGAUAUCUGUAAUAUUUUGUGAAGCUGUAGCUAUCUAUGGUUUGAUCACAGCAAUUGUAUUAUCUGGAAUGUUAGAUUCAUUUACUUAUGAAGAAGCUUUCAUAAAGCCAGAGAUUCGCAAUCAGAAUUGGUUAGCUGGAUAUUUAAUGUUUGGAGCUGGCCUGGCUGUUGGUCUUGUCAAUCUGUUUUGUGGUAUAGCUGUUGGGAUUGUUGGUUCUGGAGCUGCUCUUUCUGAUGCAGCCAAUUCUGCUCUUUUUGUUAAGAUUCUUAUAAUUGAAAUCUUUGGAUCUGCAAUUGGACUUUUUGGAUUAAUUGUUGGGAUUUAUAUGACAUCCAAAGUAAAGAUGGGAAAUAAAGUGUAAAUUUAGGAUAAAACAUAACACCAUAAACAACCAUAUUUUUUUUGGAAUCACACCAUUCCAUUCCAUAUUUAGUGAUUGUUGACCUAUUAACUUUCGAUUAAGGAUCUCUGUGUAUCAACCAUGUGCAUAAAUAACUAUUUUUAGUGAUAUAAAAUUAAUUGCUGUAAUACAGUCUCUUGUUUAUGGUAUUUCGAGUGCGUUAUAGCGCUCUAGUUCGAAUGCAUCUACUGUACAUAAAUAAUUUUCUUUUCCUUUUUUUUAAAAAUGAAAUGUUACAUUAAUGAAUAUGAUAUUGUAUUACAUUUACUCACAUAUAUUGCACAUAUAUGUAAAAUAUAUAUAAUGUUAUUUAUUGAUUGAAUUCACCUUACAGUACAGAAUAAAAGAAUAGUUCUUUAUUCCUUUGACAAUAAAAAAAUUCUCUGAAUUAACAUUGUAUAAAAAUUCAUGAUUAUGCAUGUGAUCAACAAUAUUAGAGAUUCUUGUAAACGUAUAACGUAUAUUCAAUAGACACAUAUGGCAGUGUCAUUUACCUUGCAGUAUCACUUGAUGAAUACUUUUAAAUGCCUCGUUCAAACAACUUACGUAUUCGGUCGCGUUACAAUUACUUUUAUAACUUGUCACAACAGCUCCCAGUCUUUCAUCUUGAAUCAUGUAUCUAAACAUCAAAUCGGUAGAUAUGGACAGAUUAUUCGACGAUUAUUCCAUACAGUAGUAAAUAGUAUACAAUGUAUUUGUAAAAAUAAUAAAGAAAAAUUGUACUUUA